GUUGUUAUAUAUGAAGCUUGUGAAUCAUGGGAUUUCCCAUGAAGUGCUGGACACAGUUGAGAAGCUUACUAAGGAGCAUUACAAGAAAUGCAUGGAGCAAAGGUUCAAAGAAAUGGUGGCAAGUAAAGGUCUUGAGGCUGUCCAAACUGAGAUUGAUGAUCUUGAUUGGGAAAGCACUUUUUACUUGAAACACCUCCCUGUUUCCACUGUGUAUGAAGUUCCAGACUUAGAGGAUAAAUACAGAAACGUCAUGAAGGAUUUCGCGUUGAAGCUAGAGAAACUAGCUGAAGAUCUUCUUGAUUUGCUGUGUGAAAACCUCGGGCUCGAGCAAGGUUAUUUGAAGAAAGCAUUUUAUGGCUCAAAGGGUCCAACUUUUGGUACCAAAGUUAGCAACUAUCCACCUUGCCCCAAGCCAGAACUGAUCAAAGGCCUACGCGCUCACACUGAUGCUGGUGGCCUAAUCCUGCUUUUCCAAGAUGACAAAGUCAGUGGUCUUCAGUUACUGAAAGAUGGUGAAUGGAUUGAUGUCCCACCUAUGAAACACUCAAUUGUCAUCAACCUUGGCGACCAGCUCGAGGUCAUAACGAAUGGAAAGUACAAGAGUAUUGAGCACAGAGUUAUUGCUCAACAAGAUGGCACUAGAAUGUCAAUUGCUUCGUUUUAUAAUCCAGGAAGUGAUGCUGUGAUAUUCCCAGCACCAGAGUUGGUUGAAAAGGCAGAAGAAGAGAACAAGUUGAAGUAUCCCAAAUUUGUGUUUGAAGACUACAUGAAGCUGUAUGCGGGUCUCAAAUUCCAGGCUAAGGAGCCUAGGUUUGAGGCUAUGAAAGCUGUGGCGACUAGUGUCAACAUAAGUCCAAUUGAAACUGUUUGA